CACUGCCCCAACCAGCGACAGCGGGCUUUCUCCACAACUUCGUUAACGUCUUUCCUGCCCAAGGACCGCUGCGAGUCCGGCGCAGGUGAGAGCCUCCACUGCGAAUUUUCCCAGAAUCGUCCUUUUCCAUAAUUAGAUCCCAAACCUGCUCCCUCGACGGGCUCCUCUGCCUUGAGUGCUCUUGCUCCGCUUCCCCAAUCCCACGUACGCUUAGCCUACCUAUUCUGGUCGAUUGCUGGUCAACGUCCAGCUCUCCAUGGUGAUGAGCACGCAGGACGAUCAUGGCGAUGCAAAUCAUGAGACCACACAAUCACUUCUCAGUCCGUCAUCCGCAGCCCGCGAUGAUGCAUCCUCGCACCUCACCAAAAAUCUCUCCACGAGCAACUUGCUCUCACGCGCUGAAAGCUCCGCCUUGAGUCUCAACACCAAACUGAAGGCAAGAUACUCGCUCGACGCAAAUACCGCCUUGGAGUUUGCCAGCAUGUCAAAGUACGUCUCGAUUGGCCGUAUCUCCUCUCUUUUUUAUUUUGGAAUGUCCAGCCACAGUGGGCAUGUCUCGACUCAAGUCAUGCCAGGCAACCAUGGACAGCUGUCCGCUGACCCGUGCCCUGACACAGAUCCCCAAUAAUACCAGAACAUCCAGGUGAACAUGGACUCGGUCUCUCAGGUCUUCGCCGUAUUCGACAGCCGCCUACGCUCAGCCGCGGUCCGUCCCCAGGCAGAGGUAGCACCACCGCCCCGCCGUCCCGAUCUAGCUCCAUGAACCUCGACAUCCCCAUAGAAAGGACGGUGUCUCUCGGCGCGUCGUCUGGGCCCGUAUCUCCAACUCUGAACGCGAUCGAGGACCUUCAACGAUUUCCCACCGAAUCGCUCCAUUCCUUCUCCUUUGCACAUCAAUCCGAAGAAUCCCUGGACAGGCGGCAGAGUGUGCUGAAAAGAGCUACAGAUUUCUUCCGGGACAGACUCGGCUGGGCUGCCAGCAAUCCGGGAUUGGUAGCCGCACAGGCUAAGCUUAGCGGAGACAGAGACGUGCAGAGCAUGGUUGAAUUGCUAGCAAAAGCACAGUUCAUUGGCGGUGAUGCGGAAGGUGCACAUGGAUUGGCAGGUGCAGGCCCUAUGACGGGUCCUGCGGAUCUAUCCGGCGAAAACGUGUUUGAGAGGAGCUUCAACUUCCCUCAAGCGGAGAGUCCGGUCGGGCUGGGCAUAGACGAUUCACUGCUCUCAUCUGAUCGUAACGAAUCUGCAGUCGUGCCCCACAGUGAGAAGGAAAACGAAUUCAUCGCUGAGGACACACCCUCGUCGGAAGCUCUGAACAAAGCAGCGACGGAUGCAUCGACCAAACAGGUGCGACCGCCACAUCCGAGAGCUGCUCUGAAAAGGACGUACACAAAUCUAGACGACCUCACGUUGCAGUCCAAGUUGCAAGACACUCUUGCUGAGCCGUAUUCAGUCGAGGAAACUCAUCCGGAGAGUGUUCUCUCACCACGAACGCUACCUACACUUACCGGCACCAGUACGCCGAUACUGCCUGCUUCAGCUGUCAAUCAUUCCCGUGCUGCGCCGCAUACUGCAGCACCACACGGCCAUGGGAGCAGGUGGACUCCAGCACAACAGGCAAUCUUUACAACUGAAGCAACAUCCCCCUGGACCAUCACCGCCGCUAAUGACCUUGCCUGUUUGGUUUUUGGCGUAACAAAAGCUGAAGUGCGCAAGCUUGGAAUUUUGGAGGUUGUGCGGCCAGAAAGAAGGAAGUGGCUGGAAGAGAAACUGCGAGAUCCGGAAAGCGGCUCCAUGAAAGGCAAAGGUACUUACAGCCAGAGCCAGCGUACAAGUCCCAACCACACGACAACGCUGAAUGUCGGAAGUGGAUUAACUGCACGGCUGCUCAGCAAGCCUAAUUCAAGAUCGAGUUCUAGCUCUGCCGCGAAGCGACGAGCUCAGACAGACGACGGCAGCGGAUCAUCCUACAGCCAGCGCGGCAAGGGCAAGGGCGGUGCCAAUCAUUCAGCGCAUAAAUCCCGAGGAGUCAUUCUCUGCGGUGAUGUUGUACCCAUCCAAAAACGCAACGGCGCGUCUGGCUCUGCUAGCUUAUGGGUUAAGGAGAAGAAAGGUGGCCUAAUAUGGGUUCUAGAAGAAAUUGCUGAAGACAUUGCUUACCUUGAGAUCGACGAGAUAGGCUGCAUCACAAAAGCCCAGGGUGCGAUUGAGCCGAUCUGGGAACUCGAAAACAUCAGAAGAGGCACCGAUGUCAAACGGCUGAUACCAGACCUACCCAAGUUAACUGGAACGUACACGGGUGCUCUGGACUACGAUGCGAUUGCAGAAGUCAAGACGUACACAGCGAAGACAAAGAACAACAUAAGCAUUCCCAUCACUGUCGAGCAGCUUUCCGGCGAGGGCGUGUUCCGCGUGUCGAGCUUCCCCCACAUCGCUGGAAUUAUGGUCCUGAACAGCGCAACGCUUAAGAUCUCUAGUUCAAAUGCCGUAUUUUCCAGUGCACUAUUCGGCCAGGCAAAUCCAGAUGGGCUACAUAUCACAGACAUCCUACCAGGCUUCGACAAAAUCUUGGAUCUUCUGACAGCGGAGGACCAGAUACAGCUUGUCGACGGUAUCGUCAUACCCGAACACAGUUUUCGUCGAGCACGAGCUGUCCUGGCGUUCAGAGAGGGUAAGGCAGAGGCAGAGUCGAUGUUUCUGCGUCCGACAGGUCUUCCUGCACGACACCGCGAUGGGUCAGAAAUCAUGGUCGACGUGCAGAUGCGAGUGGUCAAAAGCGAAAAGUCAGCCCCACAGAUUGAGGAAGAAGUCAUUGAAGAGGACGAAGAGCUGGAGAAGGUUGCGUCGAAACGCGAGACGGAAGUAGUGUACGCCUUGUGGGUCACGUAUUCACGACAACUGCAUGCCGCUAGCUAUAACACAACGUCAGCAGCUCUUAGCUUGACAAAGCCUAUUUCUCCGCCACACCAGCCGUCACCUGGACAAUCUUCAGCUAUGCCUACACCCAUGAUAGUGGAUGAUGAAACAGAAUCAAAGGGUCCCGCGUCACUCUUGACGACACAACUCAAAAAUGAGGCUCAGUCAGAUUCAAACACUACGCCUGUGGAUGGAGCGCUAUCACACAGCCCUUCCGAAUCUGACGGCGAACCACGCAAGAAACGCAUUGAUGACUUUUUGAUUCUGGAGGACAUGGGACAAGGCGCCUACGGACAAGUCAAACUUUGCAGGUACAAGAAAAAUUCGAAGAAGAUGGUCAUCAAAUACGUCACAAAACGACGAAUUCUUGUCGACACAUGGACACGCGAUCGCAAACUCGGCACCGUUCCACUUGAGAUUCAUGUGCUGAACUACCUCCGUCGUGAAGACCUACGCCAUCCGAACAUCGUCGAGAUGGCGGACUUUUUCGAAGACGAUAUAAAUUACUACAUCGAGAUGGUGCCACAUGGUCUCCCUGGCAUGGACUUAUUCGAUUAUAUCGAGCUCAGAGUCAACAUGGACGAGGUUGAAUGUCGGAAGAUCUUUGUACAAGUAGCACAAGCCAUUUUCCAUUUGCAUAUCAAGGCGAAAGUCGUCCACCGAGAUAUAAAAGAUGAAAAUGUGAUUUUGGAUGGCGAGGGUAACAUUAAGCUCAUUGACUUCGGCAGCGCAGCGUACAUCAAGAGUGGUCCAUUUGACGUUUUUGUGGGCACAAUUGACUACGCAGCGCCAGAGGUUCUUGCUGGCCAAAGUUACCGCGGAAAAGAGCAGGAUGUCUGGGCGCUCGGAAUUCUGUUGUACACGAUCAUCUACAAAGAAAAUCCGUUCUACAGUAUUGAUGAGAUCAUGGACCACGAUCUUCGCGUUCCGUACGUAAUGAGCGAAGCAAGCAUCGACCUCGUCCGAGCAAUGCUCAACCGAGAUGUUGACCAACGGAUAACAAUCAGCGAGGUCUUGGAACACCGGUGGUGUAGCGGGGAAGGUAUGCUCGAAGAAGGGCAUUGACACGAAGAGGGGGAAAUACUGUAUCAUUUGACAGACGCCAAUUUGCAAUUUCUAUGCUAUGCAUCAACAGGAAAAGUCACUGGAUUGGCACAUUCGCUAUUCAUGAAGACCGGCACACUUCCCUCUUGUGUUUCAAUCAGGUAUGGACAGAGACUGCGUUUGCUGAUUUUCCUCCAAGUCUUGUUCUGGCAAUGGGAAGCAAAAGUAGCACCAAAAAUACAGGCGGAUAGAACUGCAUUCAUUGUUAAUUACCCCAUGGCUGUAUGAGAGGCCGAAGGGAAAGUGAAGGCUACUCAGAUUUUGGGUCUAGCCUGUGUAUGAAAAGGAUGGAAUGGGAUGACUGGGUGAAGGGACGAGGCGAGGAUACCCGUGUUGCGCAUAGCACAAAGCUGAUGAAUUGCUACAUGAUCGCUUUCAUUGAAAAAUUUAUUCUCUAGCUUCGACCAUGACAGUUUUUUUUAUAAAAAAA